AUGCCGCUGCGUCCGCUAACUCUGACAACAAAAAAUUUAUUUGAUCUAAAAAACAUUUUACCGGAACGUGCUCCAAAUUCGUGGCGGCCCAUUCAAAUGCGUGACGAGAAAUUAAUAGUUGGUUUAAACAACGCUAGAUUAGAGUAUCGAGUUCAGGACCAACACUCGAGCGAAAUCGACGGGGCUCUGUUGCGACACGCCGAAGAGAUGACGCUGUCAAUUACCGAAACCUACACGAUUCAUUUGGCUACCACUGACAUGUUACUGAAGAACUGUUUAGUUUCAUGUGGAAUUGCAAUU